AUGAUUGAAAUAGUAUUGGAAAACCAAGAGAGGUCUGACGCCUCAAUGAAAAAUUUGACCGAGCUUGUGGGUUCUCACACCGCAUCUAUUCAAAAGUUGGAGAUGCAAAUGAGGGAUUUAUCAAGAGAACAAAACCAGAAGCAAAAAGGCACACUCCCAAGUGAUAUAAUUGCAAACCUAAAAGGUAGUUGGAGUGGCCCAACCUCUCAUUAUAUGGCCAUUACAACUCAAAGUGGGAAACUACUUCAAAGUGAGAGUGAACGGGUGGCCGAAGUGGAAGAUGUUGAACAAGAAGAUGAGUCGCAAGUUGAGGUACCAAAUGUUAUUGAAGUUGAAAGAACCCCGAAGAAGGUGAAAGCUCAAGAUGUGAGCCGUGAAGAGGUUGAGGAAAAAGUAAUAGAGGCACCAAAACCUCUAGCACUGAUUCCCAGACCUCCUCCAUUUCCUCAAAGACUAGCUAGAAGGGUUGAUGAUAGCAAACUCGAUAAGUUCUAUGACAUCCUAAAGCAAUUAUCGGAUCUGGGGGCUUUCACCAUUUCAUGCACUAUUGGAUUGCGUGACUUUGCACGAGCUCUUUGUGAUAAUGGGGAUAUCAUCAACUUAAUGCCUAUUGCUAUCUACAAGCAAGUGGUAUUGGGAAUUCCUAGGCCUACAAGUAUGAGAUUGCAAAUGGCCAACUGUUUGAUAAAGCGACCGGUGGGGAUAGUGGAUGAUGUGCUUGUGAAUGUGGGGAAGUUUCUCCUCCCCGCCAAUUUUGUUAUUCUUGAUUGUUCAGUGGAUAAAGAGAUCCCUAUCAUCUUGGGGAGAUCAUUCCUUGCUACCGGGAGAGCAAUCAUGGACUCGAAAAGAAAUGAGAUUAAAUUCCAGGUUAAUGACGAAGAAGUUACCUUUCAAGCAAGUAAGGGUAUGAAAUUGCCAAAUGCAUACGAGAGUAUCUCGGUCAUUGAUGUUGUUGAUGUGAUAGAGGAUGCCGUUUAG